GUUCCAUCCCUCACUUUAUCGAUUCCAUUAACUACCACCACCGACGCUACCCUACGCCUUCCCUCACACCUACAAUCAAUUCACCUACCUCACACAACACUGUCUACCCUACUAUAUACCUGUCAAAGACAAUUAUCCGGACCCUCACAUUUACUGGCACUUCCACCACCCUCUUCCUGGACGCUGCAGAUAUCCGACUACGCCGCCGCUGUAUGCGAGGAUCCCACCUGUACCCUUCACCUCGAUAGGUGCGCCGGGAAAUUUGAAGAGCGACAGACCAGACCUCCGCAAUGGGGAAGGAACCUGCUGUCGUCAUUGUCGCAAGGCACGGAGCCAGACUAGAUGCCGCGGACCAAGCAUGGCACCUCACCUCGCCCGCCCCAUACGACCCUCCCUUGACAUACGGCGGCUGGACACAGUCAAAAGCAUUGGGAUUGCGCAUAGCCUCGCUCCUGCAUGACCGAGUACAAAAGGCAGAGGCCGACGAAAAGGCCAGCAAUGCCAAUGCCGAUCUCGCACAUCUCAACUUCAGUCCAUUGGAUGCCGUAGGAGAACACAGAGCCAGCAUUGCAGAUGGAUCGCAACGCCCCAAGCGACGGCAAAAGAUUAUCAUACAUUCCAGUCCGUUUCUGAGGUGCGUUCAGACGAGUACGGCCAUUGCAGCGGGCAUAUCGCAGUUCCAGGCCCCACCCGUCACAACUGUGAAGACGCCAGAACCAAAGCCUCGCGGCAGUGUGGAGAGCCAAUCUCCAUUGACCCUCAAUACCACAUCGGCACCUGCCGUGCAGCCGCCAUCUCCCAAGAAUACCGCAGACGCGAACCUCGAAGUCUUUCCCAAGACACACAUUGGACCUGACAAAAUAUUACUUCGCGUGGACGCAUUCCUUGGGGAGUGGCUCUCCCCGGAUUAUUACACCGACAUCACUCCCCCACCGGGUUCGACUUUGAUGGUGGCUACAGCGAAAGCAGACUUGCUUCGGAGGGCAGAUUACAUCGAGGUCCAGCGAAAGGUCGUCCACCACCAUGGUCAUUUCCCUGGAGGGUGGGUGAGGAGCCCCGGACCAGCUUCGCCUGGUAGCCGGAGAGCUACGCAGGAUGGAGGGUUUCCAUCGAUGGGGAGCUUAGCUCAAGCGCUACCACGAAAUCGCGAGCGGUCUAAUAGCCAAAAUUGUCUCAUCAGACGCAACUCUGGGUCGAGGGAAAGGGGCCUUUCGUCUCUUGUCACAACGCACAAAGCUCCCGACCAUAUCUAUGACCCGCCGGUACCAUCAUACGCAGUGUCACCCGCGGAUCCUAUACCUAGGGGAUACGUCGCCCAUGCUCGGGACGCCUGCCUGGACAUCGAUUUCCAGUGGAACAGUAUGCGGCCCCCUCAGGAAUGGGGAGACGGCGGCGAAUUUGGGGAUGAAUGGAGUACCAUGCACAAACGGUUUCGUCGGGGACUAGCCGGGAUGAUGACUUGGUACAAGGAGUAUGGAAGUGAACGAGUGCAGGAUCACUUCCAGGGGUUCACAUACCGUGCGCAUCCCUUCGCUCGCUGCUCUCCGCUGCCCUUGCUCCAGCGUCCCUCCGCGAAACGCGAACCAGCACCACCACCUCCACCGGAAGAGGAGGAUGAAGAUGAAGAGCUUGUGUUGAUCCUCGUUACCCAUGGUGCUGGAUGUAAUGCAUUGGUGGGUGCGAUAACCAAUCAGCCUGUCCUCAUUGACGUGGCCACAGCGUCUUUGUCGAUGGCUGUGAAGAGGACUGAACCACGAAGGCCAUCUCUGUCUGCUCCACCUCUGCCACGUAGGCGUUCAGUUGUGGACGUAGGGAUGGCACACGAGUACGAGAUGAAGAUGAUCGCUUCGGUAGACCACUUGCGUCCUGGUGUUGAUCCUGCGAAGCUCCCUCAACCACAAUCACCAGCAGUCACUGUGGCGAGCCCGUCACUGGAGUAUCGACGCCGUUUUACUGGCACGAGCACCACCAACAGUCCAAUUGAUUCUCCAGUAUCUCUGGGGCAGCCAUGGAGGGCAGUUAACAGCUCACUGGGAAGCAUCAGACGUAGUUCCACAUCAGGGUCUUCCCAAUUCUACUCUGGAGCUUCGCAGGGGUCCGCCUCGCCGUCCCUGGGUCUUUGGUCAAGCCUCAAACCGCCGACCCCCUCGGAACCGGCAGAUGGCAGAGUAAGCCCUGGUUCCGAGAUGGUUGCUAACUUCCAGGAGCAUAAACCAGCUGCCAGCAUAAGGCAGCAGAAUGGACACACCGGAGCAGACACAAACACCAAAGAUGCUACCACAGUGAAAACUGAGCAAGAGCAUCAUGCGGAAAACGACCAUGUUCCACCUUUGCCCAAGGUCUUAUCUAGGAGCCAGAGCCAGAGCCAGCAAGGCCUUUGGAUUCCCAAGGCGUCGAAGACGACGAACGGGCUCUGGGGACCACCACGACUCGAAGAAAUCAGCGAGCACGCCAAAGGCCCGAAAAGGCGAUGGACUAUGUCUGGACGAGAUUAACGACGGACUAAUUGCAACAAUAGCAUCAUAAUUUUAAGGAAUGAUUCGCGAUUCCUCUCCCCUUGCAUGGCACGAGCAUCUUAUUGCGCAUUCUAGGCGUUUCUUAGUGCUUUUCAAUUGCUCCCGGGCCAAAAGUGUUCGAAUCAACUUUCGUUGCAGAAGCCUUCUUCUCAAGUUGGAAGUCGAUAGACGUUCAGCAAAAGAAUGGGUGGAUGCGAUUUACAGUUAGUUAUAAGAAUGUCCAGCACGAUACCCCUUAUACACCGAAAUACAAUAAGCUGCAUCUAGC